UGCGUCACAACGUGGGGUGGGGGGAAGCGGAUGUUGACGGAAUGUUUCAAAGUGUCGGCGCUAACGUUACUUUUGCUAAUCAUUUCAGCUUCAGGUUAACCUAACGGAAUACAAGACUAACAUAGACAGCCAAACAAUGUUAACUACGUUUGGGUUUAACGCCAACACGAUACAGCAAAUUAUCAAUAGCAUAAAGCUAGCUAGUAGUUAGCCACUGAUGUAGUUUCCAUGGUGAUGGAACAUAGCUUAACGAUAACGCACUGUCUAGCUAGCUGUUGAUGUUAGCUUUGAGGAGAUUGUGAAAAGAGAUGUCAUCAGGGUUUCAGACCCCCGACCCUCAGAGUAUUCGACUUUCUUGCAAUAAUGGCGCUAAAGUUGUACAAAGCGUUAACCCAUCAGGGACAGCUGAGACCCGUGACGCCCCUCGUCGGCUGAGAUGUAACAGCUUGAAUCUGGAUGAACUGAGUGAGGAGCUUGAAAGGCGCACCAAAGAAACCCAGAGGCUUCAGGAAGAGGUGGAAACCGCAACCAAAGAAACUUUGGAGAGAUUUGGCUGCACAUUUGGCAUCCACAGCUCACCAGGAAGGAGCAACCACAACUACAGGUUUAAUGAGUACGAUGGAGGUUCCUCUAUUCUUUCAACUCAGCAGCAGGCAGUGAUUCAGCCACUGGUCUGUGAUCUGGAUAUUUUAAACCAAACGGAUAUCAGCUCUCCUGGAAAGAAGGUGUUGGAAAAUACAAUAGAUAAUUCUCUUCAACAGCUGUCUGACCUGCAGCUCAACAAGAUGCACGAUGAACCAGAACAAGAGACGUUCAGGUUUGACAAAGCCAUCGUGAACCUGCAGACUAAGUUGAACAAAGUCCAGCAGGAGAAGGACGGCCUGUCUGACAUCAGAUUGAAGGAUUCAAGGACACACGUUGGUCAGAUGGAAAAGAUGCUGUUCAUGUUGGAAGAGAUCCAAAACAUCAAAAGGACCAAGGACCAAGAGCUACUUGAGACGGAAGAUGAGACGUUGGCACUUAACAGAAAAGUAGAGGCAUUGGAACAAAAUGUAGAGCAGAUGUACUCACUGUUAUAUCAGGAGACACAACGUGGGGACAAUGCAAUCAGCAGUCCUAACUUCCAUACAAGUUCAACACCGGCUGCUCGGUUUACUGAUAUGUUUAAUGAUGAGACAGAGGAGCAACAGGAAAGACUUUUUUUGUCAAUUAACCAUCUGGGGAGUGAGGGACGCAGUGGAGUAAAUAAGCAAAAAGAAAGAAUGGAAGGCCUGAUAUCUAGUCUUGGCCAGGAGAUGGCGCUGUUGACUGACAAACUGACCUCAUCAAAAAACAACAGCAUCAGCCUGAAUGUCAAGUUAGAGCUGCUAAAGAAACUUGCAGAGGGACAGACAUCACUGCACCAGGGUCAGAUCAGUGAACUGGAGUCAGCCCUCUGCAGCCACAAAGAUCAGAUUUGUCAUCUGGAGCAGCAGCUCAUUCAGGCUCAGUCGCAGCUGAUGGACGCCCAGAGUGAGAGAGAGCGAUCUUUACAGCUUGGCCAACGGAAGAGGUGUGGUUUGCAGCAGCAGUGGGAGCUCCAGGAGGAGGUGGAGGCCCUGAGAGGACAGCUGGAGGCGGCCGGGGAGGAGGGGAGGACAUCCCAGAAACUCCUGGAGGAGAAACACAAAGACCUCCAGCUCAGACAGCGAGAAGCACAGCUCCAUCUUGCCAGGUUGGAGGAGGCCCAAAGCAGAGGCCAGGCCCUGCAGGCAGAAGGAGAGACACUGAGGCUGAAGCUGCUAGAGAGCAGCGUACAGAUGACAGUGCAGCAUGGCCGCACUAUCCACGACCUUCACCAGGAGAACAGCCUCCUCAGCAACCAGCUCAAGAUGGAGAUUCAGCAGCUCAGGGCAGAGUUAGACUGGCACAAGUCAGCCGAUGCUGCUGCAGAGCACGAGCGGCGCCAGCUACAAGCCUCUGUGGCUGAACAAAGGCAGCGUGUCCAGGAGGAAAGUCUUGAGAAAAAGCAGCUCAACAUCCAGCUGGAGCUGCUGCGCAUGCAGUUACUCAGCCUCACUCAGGAGCACAUGGAGCUGCAGCAGCUCCACAGCUGCAGGAGUGAGGAGCAGGAGGGCGCGGUGCUGAAGCUUCAGAGUCAGCUCCGGAAAGCCCGGGACGAGCGGGACCAGGUCGGGAGCACCCUGAGGACGCUGGAAGGAGCUGAGGGACACGGCCUCCAAGUAGCCCUGGACAUGCAGAAAGAGAUCACCGCCCGGAGACAGCAGGUCGACUCCCUGCAGAGCAAAAUCAAGCAUUUGGAGGAGAUAAUGGACAAGCUGUACGAGGAGAAGCGCUACCAGAGCCUGGAGAACCAGCGGCAGCUCCAGGAGCUAACCUUCGUCAGGGAGGAGAAGAAACAACUUGGCAUUGAGCAGGAGGCCCUUCGCUCCAAAGAUAACCAGCUGAGGGAGCGGAUCGGCCAGCUGGAGGCCAUCCUUACCAAGUUGUCAGAAAGCUUUGCAGACUGUCAAGAUUUCAUCCAGCUGCAGGAGCAGGACUAUUUCCGUCUGAAACUCCGACAUGCCCUGGACUUGAAGGAGCUCCAAGGUCAAAACACAGCUCUGAAUGUACAUCCACCUGUCCUGGACUCCCCAUCUGCACUCCCUGCUUCACCCUGCUCCCAGCAUGCCUCCAACGCCCAGAUCACGCAGGAAAGCCCCUCCCCAGAGCUCAGGUCUCUGGUUAGAGGGCUUCGAGGAGCGGUUUCAGGGAAGCACAGACCACACACCGAUAACAGGAGGAGGUCUGCGCCGGAGAAAGUGCACAGAACCACAUUCAACAUUGACAAGGAGGAAGAAGUAAAGGUCGGCUCAAGAUUGAGAAGAAAAACCUGCGGCAGCGAGCCACUUUUCCUGAAUGCAGCUGAGCUCAACGGGAAAAAAAUCAACAACAAAUCCUUCAAGGAGACGUCUGCAGCGAGGUACUCUUCCUUCCCACAGCUGCUCUCACUGGGCCGCAGGUCGCCCGUCCACACUCUGCUGACCUCUGACCCGAACAGCUGACAGUGACAACCAUAGACUGUUCACAUCGGCCCUCAGGCUCUUAUCAGGAGCUCCCCUUGUACUGCUUUUUUUUUUAAGGCUCCCUAGAUGAAGUUGUCAAAAGAUUCACUCAGGUGUUUUUUCUAAUUUAUUGCUGAAAUAAAGUUUGAUUUGAUUUUA